AUGCGCUCGCCGCGAGUGCCCCUCGAGCUCAUCGCUCUUGUGGUGGAAAACCUCUCUGAUCGCGACUGCCUGCAUAACUGCGCCCUGGCCGCGUCCGUCUUUCUGUACCCCUGCCAAAAGCGGCUGUAUGACCAGCUGUCGCUAACCACGUCGAUCGACGACGGCGCGGUCCUCCCGGUGAGGGAGGCAUUGCGCCCUCUGGGCUCGCUGCGCCCGCUGCACACGUAUGCCGAGGCAGCCCGACAUUUCGCCGCUGCGCCGCAUCUCGCGGGCUACGUGGCGAUGGUCUACGUGGCUAUAGAGCCAGAGUCUGGGGACCGUGACGCAAGCGAGACGGCGGAGAUGAUUUCGGCGCUCUUGGCGGUGCUGACGGGGGUGAGACGGUGCUGUCUGUUGGGGCUGCAAGAAGAGGCGGUUGUGUGGGCCACGGUGGCGGGUGGGGUGCGGGAUGCGCUGCUGGGGUGGCUGCUGGCGCAAGGGACGCUUGAAAAGAUCACGGUGUACGGCGUCGUGAGGCUCCCCCGGGCUACGCUGCACGUGCUGCUCGGCGCCAGCCCGUCGCUCCACAUUCUCCAAGGCGACGUCGAUCACGCGAACAGUCAGAGUGCACUUCAAGUUUCCGAGGAGCUGGAGUGGAUGCGGCGGGUGGCCGCCACGGAUACGCGCGUGAUGCUACUCGAGCUCGCUGUCGCGACCAGUCCGUUGAUUGACCGCGUGCUGCAGCAGCCCGAAUUCGCGCAGUAUCUCAACCAACUUCAAGUUCUGAACACGAAUAUCCAAGCGAUGCCGCUGAGCACCGUCUGCUUCUCGUCUGCGGCAACGAUCGACACGCUCAAGCUCGACUGUGUCCACGCUACAAAAGAUAACCUGUUUCGGUUUCCACCCUCCCUCCCGCUGCUUCAGGGCCUCCAGCUGACCAUCGGGCUGCACCACCUCGCCGACAGUCCACUUAGCGACUUGCUUUUCCUCCCACAGCUGCUCCGCGCUCUCAACGAGGACACAUCCUGCCCGAAACUGCGUACCAUCACAUUUAUCGUCCUGUUGCAGGACGACAUGGUACCGCUCUCAGAAGAAAUGCUGAGCCAACUUGACAAAACGCUGCACGCGUUCACAUCCUUAGCGCGCGUGCGCUGGCUGCUGGUGGCCUCGGAGCUGGGGCAGAGCGACGACGACGCGAUGGAGGCGUUCCGGGAAGACAUGGUGCGCGGCCUGUCGAAGAUGGCAGCGGUGGGAAAGGUCGUCGUCCAGCAUUACGGCGAAUAA